CUCGGCUCUUUCCGUCUGUAUCUCUCCCUUCUUUCUCUCACUGGAACACAUGAGAUUCUCCUCCCGAAACCUGAACCGCAGCAGCAGAGGCAUCGACCCCCUCCCCACACGCACACACAACAUGGCUACAAUCGUAACCUCGACCAGGUUUACGGACGAGUAUCAGCUUUACGAAGAGCUGGGAAAGGGCGCGUUCUCCGUGGUGCGGAGAUGUGUGAAAAAAUCCACUGGCCAGGAAUAUGCUGCUAAAAUUAUUAACACAAAGAAACUGUCAGCAAGAGAUCACCAGAAACUGGAACGUGAAGCUCGAAUCUGCCGUCUACUCAAGCACCCCAAUAUCGUUCGGCUCCAUGACAGUAUCUCAGAAGAGGGUUUCCAUUACCUGGUGUUUGACCUUGUGACUGGGGGGGAGUUGUUCGAGGAUAUCGUCGCCAGAGAGUAUUACAGUGAAGCUGACGCAAGCCAGUGCAUCAAUCAGAUCCUGGAGAGCGUCAAUCAUAUUCACCAGCAUGACAUUGUGCACAGAGACCUUAAGCCUGAGAACCUGCUGUUGGCCAGCAAGAUGAAGGGUGCAGCAGUCAAAUUGGCUGAUUUUGGGCUGGCCAUCGAGGUGCAGGGUGACCAACAGGCCUGGUUUGGUUUUGCAGGCACACCUGGCUACCUGUCUCCAGAGGUCUUGAGAAAAGAUCCCUACGGGAAACCUGUGGACAUCUGGGCCUGUGGUGUGAUCCUGUAUAUUCUACUAGUGGGUUACCCUCCAUUUUGGGAUGAAGAUCAACAUAAGUUAUACCAGCAGAUCAAGGCAGGAGCUUAUGAUUUUCCAUCUCCGGAGUGGGAUACCGUUACCCCCGAGGCCAAGAACCUCAUUAACCAAAUGCUGACCAUCAACCCUGCCAAGAGGAUCACCUCGGAACAGGCCCUCAAGCACCCAUGGGUCUGCCAACGGUCCACAGUGGCAUCCAUGAUGCACCGUCAGGAGACAGUGGAGUGCUUGCGCAAGUUCAACGCCCGCAGAAAACUCAAGGGAGCCAUUCUGACCACUAUGCUGGUUUCUAGGAACUUCUCAGUGGGUCGGCAGCAUACCAGCCCUGCUGCUCCCACCACAAGCACUGCCGCUCUUGCACAGGAAGCAUGCAAAAGUUUACUCAAAAAGGCAGAUGGAGUCAAGCCCCAGACAAACAACACUAAAAACAGUGUAGUGAGCGCUGUAGUGAACGCCAUGAAAGAAAGCAACACAGCCGCCUCUGCACCAAUGGAGCCACAAACCACAGUUGUGCACAACCCUGCUGAUGGACCCAAGGGCUCCACAGAGAGCUGCAACACCACUGAGGAAGAGGAUAUGAAAGGUAGGAGAGCCGAGAGCGCACAGGGGGCGAGCUGUGACAGUGCCGUGAUGAGUCAGUGCAGUGCCGGGGACGAGCCGCCCGUUCUGGUGGCUUCACCGCAGGGUUCUCCAGCCACUCGUAAGCAAGAGAUUAUAAAGAUCACAGAGCAGUUGAUCGAAGCCGUCAACAAUGGAGACUUUGAAGCAUAUACAAGAAUCUGUGAUCCUGGCCUGACCUCUUUCGAGCCUGAAGCUCUUGGGAACCUGGUGGAGGGGAUGGACUUCCACAAGUUUUAUUUCGAGCACUUGCUAAGUAAGAACAACAAACCCGUGCACACCACUAUCCUGAACCCUCACGUUCACCUCAUCGGAGAAGACGCCGCCUGCAUCGCAUACAUCCGGCUGACGCAGUACAUCGACAGCCAGGGCCGCCCGAGCAGCUGCCAGUCGGAGGAGACCCGCGUCUGGCACCGCCGCGACAGCAAGUGGCUUAACGUCCAUUUCCAUUGCUCGGGGGCACCAGCCGCCCCAUUACAGUGAACCGCAUGGGACGCAGCUUGCCUGGAUUCUCAAGACAAUGGGAACGUUUCUUCUUUGUGGCCGGACGGGCACAUGAAGGCCAGCUGGAUGACGGCUCUUAAAGUUACAGACACACCAGUGAGGAACUCUUAACAACAUCCAGUUCAACUGUCAACACCACCUAUCCUGUCCAAUCUUUGACCAACGGGAGCUGGCCGCGGCCGCGCCCGAGGGACGGUGCAUGUAUCUGACGCCCACAUGGGGGUGCUGUUUUGUCCUUUUCCCAUGGAACCAUCUUUUUUUGCCCGUUAAAGAUGUUCAGAAGGUGUUGUACGUACUGAUCUAUGAAUUCAUGAAUAUACUGUAUAUUGUAAAAAAUCACUAGCUGAAACAGAAGCUACAAUCAAGUUCGAAAAGCAUUUAUGUAAGUAAAACAUGACGGGAGGGGGCGUGUCGCGGGGGUUCGAAAGUCACAAAAUGGAAACACUGCUCAAGUUUACAGGGUCUCGAACACCUCAUCUUGUACACUUUGCAGGUUUUUGCAUCCAAAAUCGUAAGACGAGAAUGAGUCCGCUGAGCGACAGAUAAAUCGUUCGGAAGUUCUUCAUAUCAAAAAGGAAAAGAACCAAAGUGUAGUUUUUAGUCUUUUUAAGGAACGUUUCUGUUUGGUGUUGGUUUUCUUUAUGUAACCGGGGUCUGAGAAGGUUUGUGCGGCUCCGGUGAUAGUAUUUUCCUGUUUAUGUGGAGCUCUUUAUUUUCCUUGAUUUUUCUUCUGUGUAACAAAGUAUUUCUGUGUUCAGUUUGAAUUUUUAAAACUUGUAUUUUUUAAGUUAACCUAGAUAAUAGUAGAUCUCUACAGAUAUCCUGAUAUAUUGAUGAGGAGAUGAAACACUCGCCAUCCAGGUUAAGGGUAAGAUGUAGUUUCCGAUCGCGCUGUGUAUGUUUGCGUGAGAUGGAAGGUAAUAGAAAUGUAAUCUUAUAUAGGUUUAAUAAGUUGACUCCUGCUUCAAGUGCAUAUGAAGAAAGUAUGAAAGCCCUCAGAAACAGACCAACUGGUUAACAGCACAAUUCCAAAUACAGACCAGAAUAUUCGGCCCUCCGGUUUUAAAUGGUCACAGUAGAGUCGUCCACUGUCUCUAAACGGAUCAAAUCUGAUCUUCAAUGCCCCCCAUCUGAUCUCAAAGAGAACAAGUAUAACUAAAAAAUAGCUGAUGUUAGUAGUUGAGGAUGGGGCUUUGAGCAGUGUCGUGAAUCUUCUUAAAACGUACAGUAGAAUCACACACACACACACACACACACACAGUUGUUACCGUAAAAGUGUGCGGUUGUUUUAGUAACGUUUGAUGUGUCUAAAUCACCCUGUCCUCAAUGUCGUCGUGCUUCAUGUUGGUGACGGGUGUCAAAGCUGUAAAUACACGAGGAGCGGGUGGGGAGCUCUGGAAACACUUUGCCAUAGUUACAUUGUUUAAAAUCACCAUUUUAAUGUUUGUACGAUUCAGAUUCACAGAAAUCUUUUCACCACAAACUAUGUUACGUUUUAUGGCACUGACUAUUUAAACAGCGUUUUAAUAUAACUGUUACUUAACUGUUAGAAGUGAGGGUUUGAGUUUUGUGAGUGAUGCAUUUGAAGCGUUUGUAGUUGCAGGAAUGUUCCUAGAUGCGUUGUUUUUGUCUUUAGAUGCUAGAUUUUAGUUUCAGAGGCAGUUUAUUGUGAAAACAAAAGACGACUUCAUCCCCUCGGAGCACACAUCAGUCUUUUGUAUCGACAAAGUUUUCGGUCUGUAAAUACAUGUAGUGUUCACACACCUCUCAUCGUGUGCUGGGCUUCGUGACAUAUCAGAUCUGUAUAUCUGCACGGGUGUAAGUGCGCGCGUGCGUUUGUUACCUUUACGACAGCGUCCUUCAACGUGGUGAUGUCGUCAGGUUGUGACGCUUUGAUUAUGUCUUUUGCUCUAUUUCUUGUAUUGUUUAUUUGAUUUCCUCGUUUUUGUGCUAUGGGGGACUGCUGCCUUGCCUGGCCAAACUACAACUACACUCUCUUUACAAUUUUUUGUUAAUCCAUCCUUUUCUGUACAUGGUCGACGACUUCAACUCCAUGAAAGCGAAAAUGAAUGAUGGCAACGAGAAGACACUAGAAUUAGAGAAAUAAACGUCCACCCCUUGAAAUCUUGGUAUACAUAUUGGGCCAGAAUGAACAAAGAUUCUUCUGGCCCACCCGUCCAAACACAGGAGAAAUCAAACACACCGGCGGAUGUGCAUGUCUACUUUCUUGGUAAAUCUUUUUUUUCCACUAUUGUGUGUUUACUUAAUAAAAAAAGAGAAAAAUAUGUCAUAGUAUUUGCAUCUCGACAUGAAAACCAAUCCAUUGGGAAUUAUGUGACAUACCAUAUUUAAAACGGAAAAAAUUUGAAAAUAGUGAAAAAAAUAUAUAUAUAUAAAAGAAAAGCCUCUGCUUGGUAUGCUCCCCUCAUUCUAAGUAACUCUAUUGCAUUGUAAUGGUAUACUAUUGGGCUUCGUAUAUACUCGGAGUUUAAACAUGGAUGCUGGAUUUUGCAUGAUCAUACAUUUAAUAAAACCAUGAAAUGACAACUAUCAAGUGUUUGUCUGAAUGUUAGUAGGUCUUCAUCAUAGCUUUGUUAUUAUUGAAACUUGAUCUGAAAAGUAUUUAAUAAAAAGAGCAUUUCUGCGG